CCAAGGCUAUCUGGAACAUUCACACAGAGGACACGUGUCAACAUCUCAUGUAUUGGUUCAUCAACACCAGUGUGUAUAUAAAGAAGGGGACUGAGCCCAGUAGACUACAUUAGUUCUGAAGAGACAUUGUUUCAGAAUGAGGGGUGCUGUAGCUCUGCAGGUGUUGCUGUUCUGUCUGUCUGGGACAUGGGCUCAGGGAGAGAGAGGAGGGGUCAGAGAGAAUGACAUCACUGAACAGGGUCACAGUGAAGGGGAAGAGAGCAGGGAGAGUGAUGCUGAACAGUUGACCACCCAGCCUGACAUCUGGACUGAGCUGAAGGAGCUGAGAGACAUGGUGGUGGAACAGAGAGUGGAGCUGAGGAACAUGGGGGCCAGAGUGACAGCUAGUGAGAGCCAGGUGGACGAGCUGCAGAAAGAGAACUCAGUUUUGGAGACCAGACUGAGUGCUAGUAAGAGCCAGGUGAAGGAGCUGAAAGGAGAGGUGGAUGAGCUGCAGAAAGAGAUGGUGAACCACAGAGUGGAGCUCAGUGUCACAAUGACUGAACUGCAGUUCCACAAGAACGAGGUGGAGGAACUGGAGAGAGCGAAUGCAGCUCUGCAGGCCAGAGUGACAACCAGUGAGAGCCAGGUUGAUGAACUGAAGAGGGAGAAUACAGCCCAAGCAGCAGAACUGUCAGUCAUGGGGACCAGAGUGACAGCCAGUGAGAGAGAGGUGGAGGAACUGAAAGGGGAAGUGGAAGGGCUGAAGAAAGAGAACAAAGACAGACCAAAGGUGGCCUUCUCUGCUGGUUUGACUAACUCAGGAAAAGUAGGACCUUUCAAUACUGAGACCCAACUGAUCUACACCAAAGUCUUCACCAACAUUGGCAAAGCCUACAGCCCAGUGACAGGUGUCUUCACAGCACCAGUGAGAGGAAUCUACUACUUCAGAUUCUCUGCCAUGGACGUCCGCACAUCGGCAUAUAUGGGUGUAUCCUUAUUUAAGAAUAAGCAGCGUGAAAUAUUAUCAAAUCAGUACAAUAGCCACGGAGGGCAUCAGUAUGUAUCUAAUGCAGUGACUCUAGAGCUGGAGGAGGGGGACUUGAUCUACAUGCAUCUCCCAUCAGGCUAUGGUCUCUAUGAAGAUUCAAAUAAACGUUGCACCUUCAGUGGCUUCCUGCUCUUCCCUAUGUGAGGGCUGAGAGAACCACAAAAAAAGCUUUGACGAAAUCAGAUGCUAAAUCAGAGUUCAAAGAGCCAUGAAUUUUCAUAUAACGACCCGUCCAUUAAACGUGAUGUAAUGACAAAUGACCAGCUUCUUCUGUUCUAUGUUUGACUUCAUUUUCUAGAUUACGACAAAAGUAUGCAGUGUUCUUGAAUGGACCGCUGAUUCCUCUCCC